UGUUCUCGACGUUUAACCUUCGCCGCAGUAGUAUAGAUACCUAUUCAACCUACCUACCUACCUAAUAUACCUACCUACUCUUAUUCGCAUCGUUAUGGCAAAUAUCUGUUUUAGCUUAAUUAUUGUUGUAUCUGUCUGUGUUGCCUGUACGUUUGCAACUGGUACGCCUUCAUUCUACAAAAAUGACAUAAUUGUAUAUCAACGUGGAUACAAAAAGGGCGGUAUCAUGUUUGUAAAAGAAGAUGGUGUAAAUCCGAUGGGUAAGGGUAAUUUAGAUUUGCUGUUCACUAUAAAACCAAAUAAAGCUGCCUACAAUAGUAUUCUCCAAAAGCUUAAAGAAAAUGGAAUAACUAGUCCUAAGUACGACGAAUUUUUUACUUUUUCAGUACCUGAAUUACAAAUUAUUAACCUUACUAAGAUGUAAUUAUUAACUUAUAACAAUUUAUAGAUGUCGACAUUGUUGUGGUUAUAUUAUUUUGUUACCAUUAUUCA